CUUCCAGCAGCUGCAUAGCGCAGCGAGGCAAACCCUUAACUUUCUAUCAAACUUCCAAGUUGCCUUUCGGAGGGCGACACCGGCGCGAACACGUUUCUCGUGAAGGUAAGGAGGAGCGCUGCGCAGUUUGUGAGUCGGGCUUAGAGGACCUUGUUAGAAACAAAAGGAGGAAAACCCCGCUUCGUGUUGUGUGACAUGCAAAAGCUUGAGGCAGAAAAGGAUACUUUAUUCGGAGUAAGACAAAUUCCAAGUGUGGACAGAGUAUGCAGGCCUGAAUGCUGAAGAGGUGGGCUUGCCCCCUCACUUAUUUUCUGCUUCAUGACGUCAGGGAGCAGCAUCCCAUCCCAGAGGCGGACAUGUCUCCCUGCUGAGUGCCUUAAGCCUUUUGCACUGGUGUAAUGACCAGCCUGAAGGGCCCACCCAUGGAGCGCACCGUUGGGGGUUCUGUCCCCGCCAGUGAUGAGUUUUACACGCGCCACCUCCGUUUGGUCAAUGGAGGGACUGUGGCAACCCGCACAGACAAUGUUCAUGCCCCUGUGGGCACAGGUGUUCCCAAAAUGGGUGUACGGGCUCGGGUGGCUGACUGGCCCCCGAGGAGAGACCUUGCAGGGAUUAUGUGGCAGUCAGCUACAGAGCCCGAUAACUCUGGUGUGCCCUCUGUUGGAAAAAGUCACAUUAAGUUAGGUGCUGUAAUGAGCCCUCAGGACUCGUCAAUGCUGCGGAACAUUCACAAUACGUUGAGGAAUCGAACACAGGUCCAGUCCAACAACUACAGCCUGGACACCCAUUACCUAGUGCCCGGAGACUACAGGGGUCCUGCACAUAGAAAACAGAGACGCAUCCGUCAGCGCAGCAACAGUGACAUGACUAUCAGCGAGAUGGAAGCUAGCGGUGACAGUGGAGACGAAUGGGGUCCAGCAUCGGGAGCCAAAUGGUCUCCUCUUCAUCGUGAAUAUGGUAGCACCUCCUCAAUAGAUCAGCACGGAGCAUCUGGAGAGAGCUUCUUUGAAAUGCUUCGGGGCUAUCAAGGGGAAAAAGUUGACCAGCGUAGCCCCGCUCCAGAGAAACUGGAGGACAUCCUGAAUGUGGGGGCCAUGCAGGCCAGCGUUGAUAUUCAGGAGGAUGUCAUAGACGGCAAUCCUCCAAAAGCCAGAGAUAAGCCCCCAAAGAGACGGACUAAAUCUGAGACAGGGGGCGAGUCUAUAUUCCGUAAACUUCGAAAUGUCCGGGGUGAGUCCGACUCCCCCAGAGCGGGGUCUGAUGCAGAGGACAGUCGGAUAGAGGACAUGGGCCCCCCCUGGGUUUGUCAGAGAGGCUUUGCCCACUAUGAUGUUCAGAGCAUGCUGUUUGACCUCAACGAAGUUACUCAGUUGCGGCAGAUUGCAGGCAAGCGGAAAAACACCACCACGGGGGCAUCUGCUGCCGCUGUAGCCUCGGCUACCUCCACCCUGUCGUCCACACACAGCCUGCCUUACAGCUCCCCGAGCGGCAGCCAGGAGGAGCUCUGUUCCAGAGACAGUCCCGGUCUGGACGCGGGGGACGAACAGAGCAACGAAAUGCUGUUAAGUUGCCCCUGCUUCCGCAACGAGAUAGGUGGUGAUGGUAUUGUGAGGCGCAGAUUGUUAGCAGGGUAUCAUGGUGCAGGAGCAGGUAACUGUGGAUCGGGAACCCUGAUCGAGGAAGUAAACGUGUACGAAACAUCUGUGAGCACGCACUGCACAAAUGCUGGAGUUGCAGUGCUAGAGGGGCCAAAGGAAGGCCCCAGCACGCUCAGCGAAAAGGGCAAACAAUACAUUGUGGAGCAUGUGGACCUGGGAGCUUACUACUACAGGAAGUUCUUCUACCUUAGGGAGCACUGGAACUAUUUUGGGAUGGACGAGGCGCUGGGUCCAGUGGCGGUGAGCUUGCGCAGGGAGAAGCUGGAAGAGGACAAGGAGCACGGCCAGCAGCAUAGCUACCGCCUCAUCUUCAGAACCAGCGAGCUGACCACUCUUAGAGGUUCUAUCCUUGAGGAUGCAGUGCCUUCCACCUCUAAGCACGGGACCACCCGGGGGCUGCCCGUCAAGGAGGUGCUGGAGUACCUUCUCCCUGAGCUCGAUCUGUCGUGCCUCAGACUGGCCCUCAACACACCCAAAGUCACUGAGCAGCUGAUGAAACUGGAUGAACAAAUGCUGAGUUUUCAGGUGAAGGUGGGGGUGAUGUACUGCCGAGCGGGCCAGAGCACCGAGGAGGAGAUGUACAACAACGAGAUGGCUGGCCCCGCCCUGGAAGAGUUCCUCCAACUGCUGGGGGACAAGGUCCGCCUCAAGGGCUUCACAAAGUACCGAGCCCAGCUGGAUACAAAAACGGAUUCAACGGGUACUCACUCCCUGUACACGACUUACAAAGACUAUGAGAUCAUGUUCCAUGUGACAACGCUGCUGCCUUACACCCCCAACAACAAACAACAGUUGCUGAGGAAGCGCCACAUAGGAAACGACAUAGUGACCAUUGUGUUCCAGGAGCCCGGCGCUCACCCCUUCACCCCGAAGGCCAUUCGCUCUCACUUUCAACAUGUCUUCAUCAUCGUACGGGUGCACGAUCCCUGCUCUGACAACACAUGCUACAGUGUGGCUGUCACUCGUUCCCAGGACGUUCCCUCCUUUGGCCCGCCAAUUCCCAAGGGCGUGACCUUCCCAAAGUCCACUGUUUUCAGGGACUUCCUGUUGGGCAAAGUAAUCAACGCUGAGAACGCAGCCCACAAGUCAGAUAAGUUUGGUGCCAUGGCAACACGGACACGGCAGGAGUAUCUUCGAGACUUGGCAGAGCGACAUGUGACUACUACUCCAGUAGAACCAACAGGGAAGUUCCCCUUCAUCUCUCUGGCGCACAAACGACGAGAGAAAGUGCGUCCCUACAGCGGGGCGGAGCUGCGGAGCCUGGGUGCCGUCACCUGGCAGGUCCACGCUGAGGACCAGGUAGCCGGUGCUGAACGCGAAUGCCUGUUGGCCAUUUCAAAUGACUUCAUAAUCCUGUUGGAUCAGGAGGCCAAGGCAGUUGUGUUUAACUGUGCCACGCGUGAUGUGAUUGGUUGGUCAACGGGGAGCCCCGCCUCCAUGAAGAUCUUCUAUGAGCGCGGUGAGAGUGUUUCACUGCGCUCCAUCAAUAACAACACAGAAGACUUUGGAGAAGUCGUCAAGAGAUUGGAGCUGUUGACCAAGGGCAGUCAGACCACAGAGAUGACCCUGCGGCGCAACGCCCUGGGCCAGCUGGGCUUCCACGUUAACUUUGAGGGCAUCGUAGCUGAGGUGGAGCCCUACGGCUACGCCUGGCAGGCCGGGCUCAGGCAGGGCAGCCGAUUGGUGGAGAUUUGCAAGGUGUCGGUGGCCUCGCUGUCUCACGAGCAGAUGAUCGACCUGCUCAGGACCUCCGUCACUGUGAAGGUGGUCAUCAUCCCCCCGCAUGAGGACUCCACCCCGCGCAGAGGCUGCUCAGAAAUCUACCACAUGCCACUCGUGGAUUACAAGAACCACAAGGAGGGUAUGCCCUAUGAGUUAAAGUUCCCCUUUCGCCCAACCACCAACAACAACAACACCAAGUGGCCACGCACCUCAUCCAGCCCUCAAACACGCGCUGCAGGCGCAGGAUCACUGAUCAAAGCCCCGCCUUCAGACUUCAGUGCCAUUAACUCUGCAGUUAUUCCCCGAAGUAUGUCCAGUGACGGGCGACCCGUCCACCCAAAAAGAUAUUCCCCAGGGAAUGACAACUACGCUCUCGCCUGCUCCAUCGUGAUGGGCCGCACAAUGCACAACAUAAACUCCCCUCCCGGCCCCCCCUACUCAGAUACCACGAGCUCCAACCAGUGGAGGCAGAAGUCAAUGCCUGAUGGGUUUAACAACAACAACUGCCCGUCCCCUGGGUCAUCGGCGCGGCGGAUGGCAGGUGAAGGGGUCAAUGGGAUGAAAGCGGGCUCUAGUUCUGGUGUGGGAUGGUCCCGACCUGGGGAGGGGGACAAAACUAGUGCAGAUACCGUGGCUUCCAAGGCGGUGAAUCCUCGACUCCCGUUGUCAGAGCAGGGCCACAUGUCUCCAAACAAAAGCACUAAGCCGGAUGCUCCGUAUUCAUCCAGCCAGUCGAGCAGCAACACGCUCUCCAGCAACGCCUCCAGCUCGGCACACAGCGACGAGAAGUGGUAUGAAGUCGGCUCACGUUCAGGAGUGCGGAGCGAUCUGGAGCUCAACGGAUAUCUGCAGGGCACCUCCACCGACAGCGGCAUCGAUGCCACCUCCUUCACUGCCACACAAAGCAGCACAGCCUCCUCCACAGGGGCCUUCGGGGCCAAAGACAAGAGCCUGUGGCAGGAUGAGCCAGCGGACAGCCAGGGGACAACCAAUUCUUCACCUCCGACACCAGACUCUCUUGUCGCCAUCGGAGGCAGUGAGAUCCUGGCGAAGAGUCCAUCGGCCUUUCCACCAGCUCCUGAUGUCGGCUCCUACAGCCUGAAUGAUGCCGCAUCCCACUCCAGCACACUCAGUUCUGGCCACUCAGGGAGUCCGAUGGACCAGGGGCAGGACGAGGCAGGUGCUGCGGCCACCUCACCCACAUCCCCCGGGACCAAGAGCUUCUACCCUCGCCAGGGUGCAACCUCCAAGUACCUGAUUGGCUGGAGGAAACCCGGGGGUACCGUCAACUCUGUGGACUUUGGCAACACGCGCAAAAGACACCAGAGCGAUGGUCUGCUGGGGGGUCAGCCACAGCUCAGGGCCAAUCUCCGUGGCUCCCAGUCGCCCCAGCGGCACACCGCCAAGUCCAGCCUGGAGGAAGACUUAAAGAAGCUCAUUACACUUGACAGCCCUCCACCCACCUCAAGUGAAGAGAAGCCUUUGUUUCCGGGUCCGCUGCCCACCCGGCGCUCCCUCCAGAGAACCCUGUCAGAUGAGAGUAUUUACAGCGGGCAGAGGGAGCCGUCCUCCAGCGGGCAGCGUGACACGCCUACUGACCUUCUGUUCAGCUGCUCCACAAUACCUCGCUCACCCACCACUCGCCAAGGACCAAGCCGGCGAGCCUCACACAAAUCCCUGGGAGACCUGUCAGCCCCAGAGCUCUCUGAGCUGGAGCAGGAGAGGCAGAGGCAGCAGCUGCAGGACGCGGUCCUCAUGCCCCUGCCUGACAACGGGGCAGAGAGCCCGCUGGACUGGGCCCACCUGGUAGACGCCGCCAAAGCUUUUGAGGAGCAGAGGCUGGUCUACCUAACAGCCCAGGAGGAGAGCUCCAUGGCUGAGAACGCAGCAGCCACCAGCCCCCAGCAGGCCGAGCCUCAGGCGGCCCCACUGAGACAGCCCUCGCCUGGAGAGACUCCAGCGUGCCUGAUGGGGAAGGUCAGCCAGCUGGAGACAAUGGUGAAGACACUACAGGACGACUUGAAUAGGGAGAAGGAUGCCAAGGUGUCGCUGCAGGCUCAGAUCCAGAACCUGAGGGAGGAUAACCAGCGUCUUGUGGAGGAGUCCUACAGCGCCUCAGCCAAGCUUAAGAAGUUCACAGAGUGGGUCUUUAACACCAUCGACAUGAACUGAUGUACACAGCUUACAGACUGCUACAUUAGGAGUUUGACCACUACUCAAGCUGUAAUGAAACUCGUUUUUUUUUUCAGUGCUGCAAACACAACAGACUGACUUAUACAAACCUGCAACAUAAACUGUUUCUCUCGGGCUUUUACAAACCAGUGCCAACAUGGACCGUCUUCAGCCUUGUGGAUCUGUGGUAUAAUCACCGUGAAAGACUUUUGGUGGAAGAACGGGAGGAUAGAAGAAAAGGAGCAGCGGUGCUACUGUGCGUCUGUUUUAAAUAGCAUGCACUACCUUCCUUAGAAUUUCACAAAUUAAUGCUUUGUGUGCUAUCGAAUGGAUUGCUGGAACCCCUGCAUGUCAGAGACGGCAAUAUGUCGAAACUAACCUAAAGGGAUUUACAGUUACUGUCCCCAUUUACCUACCCAGCUAACCUAAUUACAAGCGCACAGAAUUCCAAUUAAAAUGCUUCAACACAAUUUUAAAUAUACUCCCCCCAUGCAAGACUGACUGAAAAUAGUCCCACAUUCCUCUGAUUGAGGUUUAAACUUUCUAAGAAUUAAGUGUUUUUUGUAUUAAUUGCCAUUUAAUUUUCCCAAUUCAGUGAUAACACUGAUUAUUCUUUAUUACUAACCAAAAGAAAAUAAGCUAUAUGAGGUCAUGGGAGGUAUGGUCCCCCAUGAUGCUCCUUUGGUAGCAGUGUCGUUAGGCAGACACAGACAGACCCUCUGCAUAGCACACAACCGUAAACACUGUAAGGUCAAAUCUAUAUUGCGUAAUAAAAGCUGUGUCAUUUUUUUAUUUCUAAAAAGUUGAAAACAAGUAAAACUACUGGUCAAAAGCUUAUAAAAACUAAAUAUAUUGUAAAAAUAUUGGUGCCAUAAAGAUAUAGAUUGACAGUUCACUGAUUCAGAUUAUUGUAAAUAUACGAUGUUAACAUUUAUUUUCUCACAUCUGCCCUUGAUCAAAUAUGUAAAGAUUAUUUAUGACAAAGAUGAUGGCCAAGAAAAUAAAAAAAGCAGUCAUAUGCAGUAAAAGGUCUGCAUGAACUUAAUAUGGUCGGUCUAUUACAAGAAAAUAAAUAUAUAUAUAAAUAUAUAUAUAUACUUUGAUUGAGUUUUCAAUUGGAGAAAGCUAACUUUUUAUUCAAAAUACUAAUUAUUGUUAUGUUUUUUGAAAGUCCUUACAGUUUCUGCAGUGGAUUGAUUGACAGUGCCACCUAGUGUUGACAACAUGUCCCCCAUCCAUAGCAUGCUAAAAGGCUUCAAUCUGAUCCUUAAAUCUCUCCAUAGAUUUAAUCGGUACUGUUAAAUAUAUGAUUACAUAUUAAGAUAUUGUGCAAAUCCUGAUCUUUCAGCUACAGAGUUCUCUGUAGUGUGUCAUCUGCUCGUAAGCCUGACCUAAAUUUGGUCUGUAGAUGACCACACAAAGUCCUUAUUUAAGCCUGAUAAGUUGUUCCUUUUGUACUUGGAUACUGUGCAACUGUAUAUAAGGAGAAUUUGAUAUUCAUCAAAAUUUGCACCUUCGUUUUUAUUUUUUAAGAUUAUUUUUUGAUGUACUUCUGCUUUACCGGCUAGGAUAUAGUGGAGAGUGAAAGGAUCCAUACAAAAGAUUUACUGGGGAGACAUAAGACAGGACAAAGACCAUGAUGAGCCGGACUCAGACGUAUGAGUCCCCGGGCCCCUAGCACAGCAGAUCGCCCCUGCACCUUCAUUCUUAACAUGUGUGACAGCAUGUGAUUCUGUUUCCAUUGAGCUGUGAUGUGUAAAAAAAUGUUUAUAUCUAUUAAAGAUAUUUUGUUGAACUACA